CCAGAACCUGCAUAAAAGCCGGCCCAGAGCCUCUCUCCCUCACACACUUCUCCUGACGCCUUCUCCUUCUGCUCCAGCUGACAAGGCACCCUCCACACCACAGCCAUGGCCUGCAACAACCUCUGCCGACCCUGCGGACCCACCCCGCUGGCCAACAGCUGCAACGAGCCCUGUGCCCUGCAAUGCCAGGAUUCCCGCGUCAUCAUCGACCCUUCCCCUGUGCUGGUCACCCUGCCAGGACCCAUCAUGACCUCCUUCCCCCAGAACACCGCCGUCGGAUCCACCUCCUCGGCUGCUCUGGGCACUGAACUCAAUGCCCAGGGACAGCCCAUCUCUGGUGGAUUUGGCUUUGGCCUUGGCUACGGCCUGGGAGGCCUGGGCUGCUAUGGCAGAAGGGGCUAUGGCUACAUCUGCUAA